AUGAACAAGAAGCAACUAUAUCUAGCUCAUUCUGUGGAUGAGUUAAAAAAGCUUUCGAAAAUAAAUAUCAGAUCAACUGUACCUUCUGUCUUACAACGUGAAAUGUCUUUAUUAAAAUGUCAGGCUAAUGAAGUUUGGGAGCAUGAUGAAGAGCGUGCCUAUGUAUUAUUUAUGAAGUAUUUUGAAUAUUAUGACAAGUUAAAACAUUUAACAGGCAGUAAAUGCUCUGCGUUGCUGAAAAAUGAAUUAUUGUCCUCCAUUGAACGUGCUGAAAUCUUACGUGAUAGUCUCAAAGCUAGAUAUGAAGAUUUAAGUCGUCAGACUUUACCCGACGUAAAAAAGACCAUUGAACCUCAACAAAAUCACAAACCAGAUAAACCACAAAGUGUGGUCAGUUCAUCUUGGAUACAGACAAAUGAAUUAGCAGGAUUUAUUAAAAAGCAACAUAAGUUUUUGCUUAUUGAUGUUCGUUCAAAAAUCGAGUUUGAACAAUGUCAAAUUGCAUUUGAUAAUACCAUCAACUUGCCCUAUGAUUUUAUAAAACGUGGGACUACAGUAAAUAAUAUCUCUGAUUAUUUGCAAAAGAAUGAUUUCUUUAAAAAACUUUGGGAUAGUCGGUCCAAAUUCGAUGAUAUAAUACUAUUGGAUGAGAAUGGAUUCGAUUCAGACCAAUCAGUUUUAAAUAAAAACCAUCCUUUGCAAAUUCUUAAGGAUGCUAUGUUAAAGUGGGAUGCAGAGCAAGUUUUAACUGCUGAACCUAGGAUACUUUUUAAGGGAAUGAAAGAUUUUCGAAUGCGUUAUCCUCCACUUCUCAUUCAAACAACCAUAUCAUCUAAUCAAAAAGACUCCAGACAAAUAAACUCUCAAUUAGAAGCUCCUAAAUUCCAAUAUCCAGACUUAAAUAUCCGUGAAGAACAAUUACCUACUGUUAAUUUGGCUGAUUUGUUAGCUUCUCAAAGUAAUGAUCCUACAUUAUCCUUUAAAACUUUUCAAAAUGGACGUACUGGGAUAAAUAAUGGAAAUAAUUCUGUAUUUAAACGUCCACUAGCACCUAAACCAUCCACAUUCAACAAUCGUGUUCAGUAUACUCCUAAAAUGAUGUCCAGCCAGUCUCCAGAAAUAUCCCUUAACAACAUUAGACAAACCAACUCUCCAGUUGAUCACCGAUUAGGUGUUAUAUCAUCAGGUUUAUCGAAUUUAUCGAUGGGAAAUUCUGAUUUAUAUUCAACGAAUAUCCCUUCAAAUCUCACUCUCCCAUAUGGUUCAAUAAAAUGUGAUGAAGAUAUAAAAGAUAAUGUUUGGAAACUAUCUGAUGAUAAUUUGGAUGAAGAACCUCUUGCCUACUGUGACUACCAUGACAAACUACAUCCUGAUAGCACGUUGUUGAAUAAAUUGUCCGGGCAAAUUAUAGAAAAUACAGUCAAUAGACCAAAUGGUCCUUAUGCAAAUCCAUGGAAAGCAUCUUUAUCUUUGUCACCUAGUAGUGUUUCACUUCAAUCUGUACCAAGUAUUCCCCCAUCUGAAACUAAACCAACAAAUGUUUUACAUUCUCAUUCAUCCCUAACAUCAUUUAAUCAGUCAGAUGUUCUAAAUAAUCAAGCUAUUCACCAAACACGUACUAAUGGGUUACGUAAUCUAGGGAAUACAUGUUAUAUAAAUUCUGUUGUACAAAGUUUGUCUCAUACUAGAGCAUUAGUUCAUUACUUUCUGGAUGGUUUUCAUGAACGUCAAGCUGUCGUGUCAAAUCGUCUAGGUUAUGGUGGUGAAAUUGUCAAGCAUUUUGAAAUGUUACUCUCAGCGUUGUAUAACCAACCUAAUCAGGAUGGUGAAUUAUAUAAAUUUAGGUCGGCUGUUGCAAAACAUCAAUCUAAAUUUUCUAGUAAUGAUCAACAAGAUAGUUUAGAAUUUCUACUCUUUUUAUUGGACGGUCUGCAUGAAGAUCUUAAUGAAGCUCGUUCAGAAAAAAACAAUAGUGUAACAAAGCUUAGACAGAAUGAAUCAACGGUUGAAUAUACUUCUAGUCAUGAACAAGCAGAAGCUGCAUGGAUUCAACAUAAAGAUCUCAAUAAUUCAAUUAUAGUCUCUUCAUUUCAAGGACUUCUUCGUUCUACUGUAAAAUGUAAUAGUUGUCAUGUAACUUCUACAACAUUUGAUGUUUUCAUGGUAUUAUCCUUGCCUAUUGAACAAAAUAAUAAAUGUCAAUUAACAGAUUGUCUCAAAUUAUUUCUUGAAAAAGAAGAAAUGGUUGGUCAGUGUCGUUGGCAUUGUCCAACAUGUAAUACAAGACGUGAUGCUUCCAAGUGGAUAGAAUUAUGGAAAUUACCGACAUAUUUAAUUAUACAUUUAAAAAGAUUUCGAUAUGAAUAUGGUAAUUGGAGAAAACAAACAACUAAUGUAGAUUUUCCUAUUGAAUGUUUAGAUAUGAGUUCGUUUAUUGUUGGCCCAAAAUUGCAUUCCAGUGAAUACGCUUUAUAUUCUGUUUUGAAUCAUCGUGGUACAAUGGAAAGCGGUCAUUAUACAACAUUUUGUCGUAACAUCCGUGACGGUCGGUGGUAUGAAUAUGAUGAUGAAAAUGUAUCUUUAUUAGAUAAAAAUGAAAUACAAAAUGAUAAUGCUUACAUAUUGUUCUAUGAAUUACUACCUCGUGUUGGUGUAUUUUUCGAAAAUACACAUAGUAUGCUCCGAUGA